ACAUUGUUUUGGUGGUACAGAUCGCAUAUAAAGAUGGCAAAUUCAAAGUUGUCGUAUUUGUAUAUGAUGAAGAUGAGAUGUUAAGGGGGUUUUGUGCGGAGGGAGAAGAGGAUAAAUGGCUAAUUCAGAAUGAGUUCGUAGAUAACUUUUCAUUCAAAAUAUCAUCAUCUCCUGCGCACCGGAUAUGUGGCUUUAAUCUGUUCACAAGCUUUAGUGUGAUGUCAGGGUACAGUUUCUCUGAAAAACUUGGUAUUGAAAUCAGAAACAAUACCAGUGGCCAGUCCUGGCGUCGUCAAGCCCAUGUCUUAGAUAUACGUUUCAGGGAUGAGGUUCGUGGAAUCCAAUCGCUAAGCCACUGGAAAUUAGGGGGCGAUGAUCCUACAUUUGAUAAUGGUGAUGACGUGACAAUUUCAAUGGUUGUUGUCACGUCAGCUAUUCAAAUAAGGACCGUUGGUGUACAAUGGUUGCAUGAAGAGGAAGGAAAGGAUGAUGAUAUCCAAUCAAAGGAUGAAGUUAUCAAUGCCCACAAUAGUGGCGAUGAUGAUGAUGAUGAUGCAGCACACGUAGCCAAAGUAGAAAUAGCUUCUCGUAUUUUUAGAAAUUAUUACUGUGCUUUCCGUCUAGACUUUUAUGGGGGCUAUUUAGCUUGGUGGUUUUUUUGCAAAGAAAGGUCUUGA